UGAAUCGCACCAAAGAACACUUACUACAUCCAAAUUAAGGAAUACAAAAUUUGUGGUGUUGGCCGUCGAUUCGGAGUGUAUAGUUCUUCCUAGAACCGUUGGGUUUUUUUUUUUUUUACAUAGUAAUUUUGCUCUCAGCAUCACCAUUUUUUAAUGACAGCACGAGUGUGAGCAUUCGGAUGGUGCGAAUAUAAAGGAUUUUUUAAAAAUCACUUAAACGUGCUUACGAUGAGAAGCAGUAAACACAAACGUCACAGCAUAGUUAAAAUACCCGUUGGAAGAGCACGGUGCCUCAAGCGAGUGAUUUGUAGAAAAACAAUGCUGGUCGGGUGGAAUGGCGAGACGCUAAUUAAUAGAUUGACUAGUGGCAAUGUAAACCACUCUCGGAGUUAAUAAUCCUACGCUGCUUGACUUACAGGUAUUUCCUGGAAGGAAAGAUGGGAUGUGGGGAGGUGGCUGGUAUUGUCCUGAUUGUGUUUGUCGCCAGCACCUGUGCACAAGAUCUGCCUAUGCAGGACAACAACAGGCCAUCAAAUGAUAUCGAGUCUCCACAGCAUGAUGAGAAACUCAUCCCAGCUGAUGAUGCUCCCCCAGAUGUUGAGCACGCAAGUGACGUUAACACUAUGGCGCCGAUAUCGGGUGAGGGUGACGUAACGCCUGGCAGCAUCACCAUUGCGCGAAUACAAGACCCUGCUCUCUAUCCAGGCCGGAACCACGACCGCCAUAUCCAGCACCUCUUCCCACCACGACGACCUAUUCAACAAGCCCGAAGCUCCACGCUAUCACAAAGAUGCCGACAGUUGAACCCGGUGUAAGAGCAGAUGUGACCUACCACAGCGCUAGCUUUGUCUUUAAUUUUAUUUCAAGCACAGCCUACUCGCCAGAAACUAAACCAAACGAAAACACUAAAAAUCCAGAGGUUCCCUUUAAUGAAGAGGUUACAUCUUUUUCUACAGACAGCAUAGGAAUUCCUUCUAAAAAUGACAAUACUGCGAUUUCUGUAGAGGAAAGUGGCAAAAGUACAGCAUCCUCAACAAAAGAUGUCCAAACCUUUAUGUCUACUAAAGAGCAAUUUAUGUUUAAAGGUUUAGCUGACACCACUGCUAGGGAGAUAACUACACACUUCCCAGUUAACAUUCCCACUACGGUUUCAUCUGACAGUAAAACGUGGAACAGAUCUUUGCUCGGCAAUAGCUUCACAGUCAAAGACUCUCCUCUCUCCACCGAUGUCAAGAUCCAAAUAACUACCAGUUCA